AUGACAAAAGCAAAAAUUUUCAACAUAUAUACGACAUCAUUUUACGUCCCAGAAUAUGAUGAUCAUGGUGGAACAAAUGGAUAUGGAGCAAUCGCUGUCUGUUCAUCAGAUAUAUCUCAUAUAAACAGAUCAUUUCCAGUUCGUAAACUGAAUCAAAAAAAUAAACAAUAUAAACCUAUGACUGGAAGGAGAAUUUGUUUAUUGGCAGUUCUUAAAGCAAUGGAAGAAUUUAUAAAAGUUUUAGAUCAAAAUGAUUAUGAUUAUAAGGGAGUUUUAUUUAAAUUACAUACUGAUUCUUUAAAUUCUAUUCGUUUAAUUAGGAAUAUACCAAUGUACUUGGAAAAAUUUGGUGAAAAUCCAAAUAAAUGGAAAAAUUCAAGAAGAAAAAAAAUUGAUGGUGAUUUGUUAAUUAAAAUGGAUAAGUUAACUAAAGAAAUUAAGAAAAGAAGUGGAAAAGGUGAGUUAAGAAAAUUUGAAUUGAAAUUUAGGAGCAAAAAAGGUAUAGAUGAUUAUAAAUUAGCUAAAAAAUUGGCAAAAGAAACAGCCGAAAAUGUUAAAUGA